AUGUCGCAGGGAUGCCCAAAUGAAUUAUGCAUGUUUCAAGGUCUAGUGGUAACUCGAGCUAGUGAAGGUACAAUUGUAUGCACAGGAUGUGGUCUCGUGUUGGAAAACCGAAUAAUUGACGAAACUUCAGAAUACAGGCAUUUCUCAAAAGACGUUAGCGGAAUUGGUUUGAAUGACCAAUCCAGGUCAGGACAAGCUAAUGAUCGAUUUUAUUCUGACUGCGGUCUGGGCACAGUAAUCUCUGAAACUAAUCCUAACGGAGCUUCUCUCUCAGCUUAUAAUCGGCGAAAUCUUCAGUCAGGUCAUGAUAAGACCCUUGCUAAAGGAUCUCACAGCAUUGAUGAAUUAUGCCGAAAUCUCAUGUUAAACGAUACCGUUGGCACUGAAGCCAAAAGAAUCUUCAAAAGCAUUGGCGAGCAGAGAGGGCUGAAAGGAAGACCUCACAUGGCAAUUGUUUCUGCUUGUGUAUUUAUUGCAAGUCGUCGAAGCAGCCCUAGGUCUAUAAGAGAAAUUGCUGCUAUAACUGGAGUUGAUAAGAAAGACAUUCUCAGAUGCUACUCUAUGGCUAAGAAAAUAGAUCCUGGAAUGACUGCAAAUAGAACUGCAGUUGAAUAUGCUUCAAGGUACUCAAAUGAAUUAGCAUUUACCCCUAUCCAGGUAAGAUCUGCAAGACAAAUAGCUGAGAGGGCUAUAGAAUUGGGUAUCUUAACUGGUAAAAAUCCUUUGAGUAUUGCAAGCGCAACUGUGUAUAUUGUGGGCAAACUUUAUGGUAAUGAUAAAACUUUUAGCGAGAUCAGUAAUGUUUCUACAAUGAAAGAUAUCACUAUUAAAAAUUGCUAUAAAGCUAUGCAGCAAAGAAAGAGUGAGCUAUUGAAAGGCUUAGAUCUUUCACUUGAUCCGAGUAAAUUGCUACCUUUGUCAAGUCAGUAA